CACUGGAAGGGACAGUAAAAAAAUGGCGCAUACUAUCGCGUUGUUUAUGAGUAGUUUUCGCCGGUAUGCGUGAGUUGUCUAUUAUAUGGCGUUUAGCGCGUGUAACAAAACAGCAAUGAUCGAAUUACACAGUGAGAAAGUGAGAGGCCGCGUGUAAAUACAUCCCGCGUUUCACAAUGCCACACCGCGACAGCGAUUCGGACACGGCUAGCUCUUCCAGGCGGAAGCGUAAAAAGAGAACGCAUGCGAGAUCUGGUUCAUCGUCCUCGGGCAAUUCGUCGGAUCGCUAUCGUCGCAAGAGGAGGAGUGGACACAGCUCGCACGACAAAUCCAGGCGGCGAAGGUCCAGAUCCAACUCUUCGUCCCGGUACUCCUCAAGCAAGGGGUCUUCGUCUAGGAGGCGUCGUUCGGGCUCCAGGCACCGACGAUCCCGCUCUUGGUCUCCAGGACCACGGAGGCGGUCCAGAACUCCGAAGCAUCGAUCGCGGAGGUCUCGCAGCAGCUCGAGCUCACGGAUCGCUCGCGGGCAAGCAGUGACUCACCGAGGAGAAGCAGGAGAACAUCGGCGUCAAAUUCCCCAAAGGAAGUGCGGAAACCAGAGAACCCCUUGCCAUCGAGGAGUGGGAAUGAAACUGACAAGCUCAAGCAAAAGAUUCAACAGGUGAUCAAAGCCGCAG